GAUUAAUUAAAUAAAUUAUGGAACCUAUUGUUAAUGAGUUUUCAUAAGUAAAUGAUGAUUCAGUUGAAAAAGAGAAGGCCUAAAUUACAAAUAUCAUCGUAUUUGAAACAACAGGAACAUUAUUAUUGAUCUAUGGAGCAUUAGCUACAGAGUAAAAUGAUCUCAUAAUUAUAGAACAAACUUCGGUGUAGCUCUUGUUUAUUUCAUUGGAUUAGUAGUAUGUGGAAGGUUAAGCGGAGGGUACUUCAAUCCUAUUUGCACUUUGAUAGGAUAUAUAGAUGGAUCGAUUUCUAAGAAGAAAGCCAUUUAUUAUGUUGGAGCAUAAACAGUUGCAGGUUUAAUAGCAGGGAUGUUAUUGAUGCCAAUGUUUGCAUACAAAUAAACAUUGCCAUAUUUUGAAAGGUAGUUGGGAUGACAAUUAAUAUAGAUUACCAUCACAUCAAGUCUUUGGAACAAUGAUGUCAGAGAUUGCUGGAUCCAUCAUCUUCUUUACAUUCAUACAAAUUUAGACUGCAGAAAACACUAAAAUCACGAGUACUCCUGUGCAAUCUGCCAUCUUUGUGAGUGUCAUUUAUUUCGUAGCCCGAUAGUAAAUAUUUAAUAUAAUGUAGAUACACUGCAACGAUGGGAAAUAGUUUAUUCAACCCUUCAGCUGCUUUUGGGUACUAUAAUCACAUAAGUUAGAUUACAAUUAUUUUAUGGAAUUUAUUAUGGAAAAUGGGAUUAAAUGGUUAAUUUAUUGAUGUAUAUUCUUGGUCCUUGGAUUGGAGCAUUGUUAGCAAUCACCUUCUUCUGGAAAAUCUAUACUCCAACUCUUGUUAGUAAAUAGUCAAAUUGAAUUUCAUAUUAAUACAAUAUUAAUUUAUA